CCCUGCUCUAUGUGCUGUGCAUUGCUGUGUACAGUGCAUGGCUAUGUGUUCAUUGCUGCUGUGUGCUGUGCAUUGCUGGAUGCUGGCAGUACCUGGACAUCUCUACUGGGAGAUCAAAGAGCAGCAAAGGAUGCUCCUACACUUUGGAAGAGUCUGAUCAUGCCCAAAUCUCCUUUGCAUCCCCUGCACAACGCUGAGAGCCACAGGGAGCAGCAGCACAGCUCCCCAAAGGGCUGAAGCACAGAACCACAGAAGGGUUUGUGUUGGAAUACACCUAAAAAUCCUUCCCAUUUCCAUUCCUGCCGUGGGCUGGGACAUCACCCAGCAGCCCGUGUUGCCCCAUCCAACAUACGGGACGUCCCGCUUGGAUGCACCCAGCAAAGCUCAUAGCUCCGGGCGAGCACAACCCGAAGCUCCGAGACCAGGGGCGGCUCCGGGGGCGGCUCCGUGGGUCGGGGCGGGGUUUGAGGGGCCGGGACCGCUCCUUGCAGCCCGGCCCAGCCCCGUUCCCGGUCAUGGCCCGGCGCUGUGCACGGCGGAGCCGGUUCGGCCCCGCGGAGCCGCUCCCGGAUGCCCCCGUUCCAGUGGUGCCACGGGUGCUCCUGCAGUCUGGGGCUGAUUUACACCAGUAAAUCCUGCACGAUGCCCCCCAUCACAUUUCAAGACCUGCCACUCAACAUCUACAUGGUCAUUUUUGGCACCGGCAUCUUUGUCUUUGUGCUCAGCCUCAUCUUCUGCUGCUACUUCAUCAGCAAACUGCGGCACCAGGCACAGAGUGAGAGAUUUGGGUACAAGGAGGUGGUUUUGAAAGGUGAUGCCCGGAGGCUGAAUGUGCAUGGGCAAACCUGUGCCGUCUGUCUGGAGGACUUCAAGGUGAAGGAGGAGCUGGGGGUGCUGCCAUGUCAACAUGCCUUCCACCGAAAGUGCCUGGUGAAGUGGUUGGAGGUGCGUUGCGUGUGCCCUAUGUGCAACAAACCCAUGGCAGGUCCGGCUCAGCCCCACGGCAGCAUUGGCACACUGCUGGAUGAGAUGGUGUGAGCAGCCCCGCUGGUUUUCAAAGGGAAAACAAAAGCUUUAACCCUGAAGGAUUCGGGGUUUGUGAGCUGGGAUGGUGCAUCACUUUGUUUCGGUGGGGGGGUUGUUGGUAUACCACCCCAAAGUGCCUUGCAGGGACAGCCUGGGGGGAGCGUGGGGUGCAGCUGUGAGUGCUGCUUCCCUCUCAGUGCACAGAGUGCUCUGAAUCCAUCUGCAGCCUGUACCCAUCCACACUCUGUACCCAUAUGCUCUGUGUACCCAUCCCUAUGGACUCAGCCUCCCCCCGUUUUGGGGGAGAGAAAUGUACAGGUUUACUGUAAAAACAGAUUAAACUCCAGGUUUACUGUAAAAACAGAUUAAACUCAUGUUUGUCAGC